CUCUCCUCACCCCACCUCAACCCCCCCUCCCUCCCGAUCGCAUUGCCACGAUCCCUUUCAAUUUCCCUGAGUUUCAAUCGUCCGCGGACACUACACCACCAUGGACGGGGACGAACUCAUCGCCUCGGUCUACCGCAAGAUCGAGCGGGAAAAGGCCCUCAUCACCGCCGCGUCCAACAUGCGACAGUCGACCGAUAACCCCUUGGUGCAGCAGCGGGUCGAUGCAAACAUUCGCGAUGGCCGAAAGAACAUCGCUUACCUGGAGGAGAAGAUGCGAGAGCUGCAGCUCCGUCGGGACGGUGGUGGCUCUCCCACGGAAAAGCGUCUGCCGCCUAACCCGGACGCUGGUCCUGCCACCCCUUCCAAGGACUACCCCCAGGGAUACGGUGGUGCCGACGAGUAUGGCGACGCCUCUGGGCCCUACCCGCACGGAGGAGCAGGGUCCAUGCCGUCAGGGGCCCCAUACGCAGACCCUCGACCUUUCGCUCCCGUGCCCAAGGCCCGGCCCAAUUACACAAAACUUGAUUUGAUCAAAUAUGACACCUCCUACCUGGGACCCAAGAUUCAGCUCAUGCUGUCGCAGCUGGAAUUCAAAUUGAGUGUGGAGAAGCAGUACAAGGCCGGUAUCGAGAAGAUGGUCCGCUUAUACCAGGAUGAGGGCGAUAGGAAGAGUCGCGCGGACGCCGAAGGUCGGCGGAUCGAGAGUAAUCAGAAAAUUCAGUUGCUCAAGCAGGCCCUUAAGCGAUAUGAAGACCUCCAUGUGGACAUUGAAUCCACGGAUAGUCCUGAUGACGAGAGCUUAAGCACACCUAACCUGCGCAAGCCGCUCACGGGUCUGCUCACCAUGCGGAUUCAUGCUGUCAAGGAUGUUGAUCAUGCCGCCAGCUCUAGGUUUUCCAGGGGCCCCGAAACGUUUAUAGUGCUGAAGGUGGAGGAUACCAUCAAGGCUAGGACAAAGGCGACGCGCACCGACCGGUGGCAGGACGAGACUUUUGUGAUUGACAUCGACAAGGCGAACGAAAUUGAGCUUACGGUGUACGACAAGUCGGGAGACCGUCCUACUCCAAUUGGUAUGCUCUGGGUGCGCAUCUCCGAUAUCGCUGAGGAGAUGCGUCGCAAAAAGAUCGAGACGGAGUUCAACGCAUCGGGCUGGAUGUCUGCGGAUAAGAUGGAUCACGGAGGAAGCGCGUCGGGACGGCCAGACACGGCUGGAGGGAUGGGACCUACUUCGCCAGGCCCCGGUGCUCCUCCUGUGGCACCGAGCCAAGGUGGUGCUCCCGGCGCGCCUGCUGGUGGGCAGAUCAUGAUCGACUCGUGGUUCGCACUGGAACCGGUUGGUCGUAUCUAUCUGUCGAUGAGUUUCGCCAAGCAGUUGAAGGACCGACGGCCGUUCGACAUCGGUCUCAACCGCCAGGGUGCUGUUCGACAGAAGAAGGAGGAGAUUCACGAGAAGCAGGGACACAAGUUCGUCACCCAACAGUUCUACAACAUCAUGCGCUGUGCCCUGUGCGGCGAUUUCCUCAAGUACGCUGCUGGUAUGCAGUGCGCCGACUGCAAAUACACCUGCCACAAGAAAUGCUACCCUAAGGUUGUCACCAAGUGUAUCAGCAAAGCGAACUACGAGACCGAUCCCGACGAGGAGAAGAUCAACCACCGUAUCCCACAUCGUUUCGAGGGCUUCUCCAACAUCUCGGCCAACUGGUGCUGUCACUGCGGAUACCUGCUUCCUUUCGGGCGGAAGAAUGCGAAGCGAUGUACAGAAUGUGAUCUCACUUGCCACGCGCAUUGUACACAUCUUGUUCCAGAUUUCUGUGGUAUGACCAUGGAAGCAGCUAACCAGAUCUUGGAAACCCUGAUUCGCGCAAACCACACCAAGACCUCAUCUGUUAGCUCCGGUCUCAGCGGACGCACUCUUCGGCCGAGCGGUGCUCCCCAGGAUAACGCAGCCAUGUCCUACCCGCAGAAGCCUGUCGAGCCCCCAUAUGCUCCCCAGCGACAGCCUUCCGCUGAGGCCGUGAGCGCGGCAACCACUUCCUACGCUCCCCCGCAAUCCCCGACCCAGCAGCAGAUGCCCCCGAGGCCGUCUUCGUCGAGCCCUGCCGCUGCGGCCGCCGCUGUGGCAACGGGGCUUCGUACUCCGCAGCAGACAACACCAGUGGAGCAAAGUCGCCCUGCGCAGCAGCAGCUGCCUGCCUACAACCCCAACGCGUACGCUAAUGUCAACCAGCCCAUCCCGCCCAAGGCGAUCACUCCGGCAUAUGGCAUGCCUCCUCCGCCACAGCCUAUGCCGGUGGCGACACAGCCGCAGGCUGAGGUUCCUCAGCAACCGAAGGUUCGCAUCGGACUCGACCACUUCAAUUUCCUGGCGGUGCUGGGUAAGGGUAACUUCGGUAAGGUCAUGCUGGCCGAGACGAAGAACACCAAGAAGCUGUAUGCGAUUAAGGUGUUGAAGAAGGAGUUCAUCAUCGAAAACGACGAAGUUGAGAGCACCAAGUCCGAGAAGCGUGUCUUCCUGGUCGCGAACAAAGAGCGCCACCCCUUCCUGCUCAACCUUCACGCCUGUUUCCAGACCGAGACUCGUGUGUACUUUGUCAUGGAGUACAUCAGCGGUGGUGAUCUGAUGCUGCACAUUCAACGCGGCCAGUUCGGUCUUAAGCGAGCACAGUUCUACGCUGCGGAGGUUCUGCUAGCCCUCAAGUACUUCCACGAGAACGGUGUCAUCUACCGUGAUCUGAAGCUUGAUAACAUUCUCUUGACCCUGGAUGGUCAUAUCAAGAUUGGUGAUUACGGUUUGUGUAAGGAGAACAUGUGGUAUGGCGCUACGACUAGCACGUUCUGUGGUACCCCUGAGUUCAUGGCCCCGGAGAUUCUCCUGGAUAAGAGAUACGGCCGGGCUGUUGAUUGGUGGGCCUUUGGUGUUCUCAUCUACCAGAUGCUUCUUCAGCAGUCUCCGUUCCGCGGUGAGGACGAAGAUGAAAUCUACGACGCUAUUCUUGCGGAUGAGCCGCUUUACCCCAUCCACAUGCCUCGUGAUUCGGUCUCCAUCCUCCAGAAGCUUCUCACCCGUGAGCCGGAACUGCGUCUCGGCUCCGGACCCACGGACGCUCAGGAAGUUAUGUCCCACGCCUUCUUCCGGAACAUCAACUGGGAUGAUAUCUACCACAAGCGGGUUCCCGUGCCUAUGAUGCCGAGCAUCACCAGCCCCACGGAUACCAGCAAUUUCGACCAGGAGUUCACCAGCGUCACCCCCGUCCUGACGCCCGUGCAAUCAGUGCUCUCCCAGGCCAUGCAAGAAGAGUUCCGCGGCUUCUCGUACACCGCCGACUUCGCCUAAUCGCCCUGUUACGAACGUUGUCUGGUAUUGCGUCGAUUGAUCGUUUAUCUAAUGUCAACAUUGGCACGAUCUGUUUCUCGGAAUUCUUGCUGCCGCCGGUCGCUCGGCACUUUUUUUUGCGCUGGACAGUUCCCCACAUACCCAUGAGAGUUUUGAGAGCCGGUGUACGCGCCACCCUGGCCUUGUGAGUGCAGAUGGAAUGAGUGGCUUGAUUCAGGGAGUAUUUUCUCUUACAUGUGUUCAGCAUCUUAGGCUGUUUUUAAUUCCUUUUUCCACGCGGGCGAUUCCCCGUUUCUGGAAUGUAAUUCUGCUUCAGCGUUUCUCUCGACUCACUGUUUCAUGCUGUAUGACUGAAUGGAAGAAGCAGAUAUACUGAUGAUGACUGAUUGAAGAAUGAAGUUGUAAUAGACUG